AUGUUGUUCAACGAUAUCUGAGAUAGGGACAGUUUUAAGAAAAUAUACCUAACUAGUAGUAUAAUGUCCAAUUUAGUGAGCAUCAGGGACUUCGAGGAGCAUGCCUAUAAAACGUUGCCGAGAAAUGCCCUUGACUACUACAGAAGCGGAGCAGGACAGCAAACAACUUUGAAGCAUAACAGGCAGGCAUUCUCAAAAUACAGACUAAGGCCAAGAUGUCUGAGGAACGUGGAAAACAGGGACUUAUCAACAACGAUAUUGGGAGAAAGAAUAACGAUGCCGAUCGGUAUAUCGCCAACCGCCAUGCAAAAAAUGGCCCAUCCAGAGGGAGAAUGUGCAAAUGCCCGAGCUGCUCAGGCUAUGGGGACUAUUUUCACUCUUAGCACUCUUUCUACUAGCAGCAUUGAGGAGGUAGCGCAAGCAGCUCCACGAGCAGUAAAAUGGUUCCAACUUUAUAUCUACAAGGACAGAGAACUCACCCGUCAACUAGUUGAGAGAGCAGAAAGAGCUGGAUUCAAAGCUUUAGUCCUAACAGUUGAUGCCCCACUUUUUGGUCUUCGACUGGCUGACAUCAAGAACAGAUUUAUUUUACCACCGCACUUAUGUUUGGCCAACUUCGAAGGUACCAAAUCCAAGGGAAUGAGUAAGAAAACCGAUUCAUCUGGCCUCAACGUGUAUGUGAACUCUCUGUUCGAUUCAACGGUCGAAUGGAAGGACAUCGCAUGGCUGAAGAGCAUAACGAGUCUUCCGAUCGUCCUCAAAGGUAUUCUGACUGCGGAGGAUGCAGUCCUUGGUGUACAAAACGGAGCAUCGGCCAUUCUGGUAUCCAAUCACGGAGCACGACAAGUUGACGGCACUCCAGCCUCGAUUGAAGCUCUUCCAGAAAUUGCGAGAGCUGUAGGAGACAGAGCGGAAGUUUAUUUAGAUGGUGGCAUCACCGAUGGCACAGAAGUACUCAAGGCUCUUGCUAUGGGAGCCAAAAUGGUAUUCAUGGGUCGGCCAGCAUUGUGGGGACUAGUCCAGGGUGGUGAAGAUGGAGUAAAGAAAGUUUUAACCAUCAUAAGAACGGAAUUUGAGACGGCAUUGGGAAUUUGCGGUUGCUGUAGGUUGAGUGACAUUGAGCCUACUAUGGUUGUACAUGAAUCAUUUUAUGCGAAGCUUUGAAUUCACAAAUUUACAGAAAUGGAAAUCAUGAAUAAAUAUAGCAAACUAUUAUUCACUUUUU